AUGUCCGAGCCAUCGUCCAGCACAACCACUCCCAAGGCUAUAGGCAGCCUUGCCAAAAAACAGAGCGAUGUGACCAGACAGGGUACCCAGAAACUCAAAUUUGUUCCAACCCUUCCUCAGCGUCGGAAGAAGGAAGAGGUGAAAGCGGAACCUACGCCAGCCGUGAUACCCCCCGCGUCAACAGAACGCGGCCGUGGUCGUGGGCGAGGUCGUGGAGAUGCCAGAGGCCGUGGUAGGGGAAGAGGCAACGCGCCUCCUGUUCUUGAAAUGACUGCGAGUGGACCGUUCGCCAUGGGACCUGCUAUGGCUGGAAGUUCGUCGCGCAGGUCAACACCCCGUUCCAAUUUCGUGCCCAAUGUGUCGACAGACACCGCUAACCUUGGGAGUAAUCUAUCUCAGAACGCUCCUCCUUCGUUACGCAGAGAUAUUGGCCUGGCUGCAAAAAACGGACCAGUGAAGACCGAAGAGGAGGAGUAUUCUGAUCCUGAUGAAGGCGUGGAAAUCGUGGAUAUGGAAAACGUUCGCCAGAUGGAUUGGAUGGCACCUGAAAGCAUACGGAAGGAAAGACCAACGAAGAAAGUCAAGAAAGAGGAGGCAAUGGAUGACCCUGCGGCUGAAGCAGUAGAUGCUGCUAAUGCCCUCAAUCUUGAAGAAAGCGAAGAAGAAGAAGAGCUGGAGGAUAUCAUAGAAGACUUUGCUACGCAGACUAAUAUUGACUCGGAUGAAUCAAUGAGGGAGGAGCGCCUCUAUUUCUUCCAGUUCCCAUCCCCUUUCCCCGAUUUCUCUUCGAAGAAAGAGGCCGCAAUGGAAGUUGAUCCGUCACCACCUGUUUCUGAUGCUGCAGGGAAAAAGGUGUCGUUUGCGGCCGACGUCAAACCAGAUAUAACGCCAGGCUCUUCAAGAACUGCGUCAGUUGUUCCUUCUGAAGUCGAAUCUGUGAAGGCUCCUCCACUGGAUGGUGUUAUUGGACAACUCGAAAUAUACAAGAGCGGCGCUGUCAAGAUUCGAUUGGCUAAUGGAAUUCUCCUCGAUGCACGUUUGUUCCGGUUAGCUUUUGUUGAGCAGGUCAAUGCUGCCACCCAGCCUUCCUUUUUACAGCAGGCUGUGUAUCUCAACAAAGCAGAAAAACAAAUGACUGUCCUCGGAGAAGUCAACAAACAAUUCGUCGUAUCACCCAAUGUUGACGCGUUGUUGGCGGCUGUUGAGAAGGAAGAGCAGGCCGCAAGUGUGAUUGAAGGCGAGGAAAAAUUGUUGAGAAUGGAAUAG